CCUAACGUACCUGUAACCUAGCACUGAAUUUCCCAUCGAACCGCUGCUGGUUUCUCUUUGCCUCUUUCGGAUGAAGCAUUCAUGAACUGACUCCAGAUAAUGCACUCCCGGUUCUUACAGGUUUUGGUUUUCCUUCUCCUUGUUUUCUGCAACAAUACCCUCGCAGUGUUACCGUCGUUGUUUUCUCGGGACCUCGCUGUGGAUGGGGUGAACGCUACUAUCACGUCGUUGUUGUUGGCUAGUGACAAGCAGUCGUAUCAUCUGCUCUUGAAAACUGGCCAGAUUACUUUUCGUGUUGCACUCGAUACUGGCUCGUCGGACUUGUGGUUAACAUCCUCAGCUUGUCUUACGAAGACAUGCAAUCUAUCCCCUCGAUAUCCCUUAACUUACCAGAGUCCUACAUUUGAGGUGGUCAACAAUAACCGUACUGCGUUCAACGCGAGGUAUACAGACGGAACAGCUGUUUCAGGGUUCGUUGCGAAAGAAGAAAUCACCAUUGGUAACUUGACGGUGCCGCAACAGGCUUUUGGUAUAGUCACUCAGUCAAACUUGACUUUCGUCGAUCAAGUCAGUGGAAUACUGGGCCUCGGAUUCAGCCGACUUUCAACGAUUAACAGGACCUCGACCCAAUCUUCGCCUUUUCUAGCCACAUUAGUCGAGAAAGGCCUCCUAGAUUAUCCCCUCUUCGGUAUCAGCCUUACGCGAAACUCGCCUGGAACCCUUACAUUAGGCUCUAUCGAUGGUUCUGUCGUAAAAAACGUUAAUGACGUAGAGUGGGAUGAAGUCGUACAAUUUCCACCCAUUGGAUUUGAGAGUGAACAAACCAGCUACUGGCAAUGGGCGUUGCCUCUGAAGGCCGUAAAUCUUAACGGAAAACCUGUGUCACUCUCUCCUUCUUAUCCCACUAUGACCGGUGGAUCGUCGAUCGUCGUGUUUGAUCUAGGAACAUCAGGAAUAUAUGGUCCGUGGACCGAUGUAGCUCAAAUAUUCAGUGGAAUAUCGGAGUCGAGACUUGUGGAUGCCAAUGGACAAUGGGCCGUACCAUGCGAUACUGGCGCUCUCUUGACGUUCACCUUCGGCUCAAAGAACUUCACUCUGCAACCGAUUGAUUAUCUUAUCGGUCCAACUGCGGGUAAUCCGAGGCUGUGUCUUUCAUGGCCAAGGGCUGCUACUCCGACCCCAGAUGGAGUCGACUGGGUGUUAGGCACACCGUUUUUACGUUCUGUGUACUCGAUUUUCAGUUACGGAAUCGAUACGAAAGAGCCGCCUAUGAUUGGACUUUACGCUCUCGAGCGUAACGUCACCACGACAACUGAUUUGUCGUCGUUUUUCUCAUCUUUUUCGGCUACGAUAGCCACUACGCUUCCCAAUUCCUUAUUACCGACACCUACACCCUUCACUGCGCCUUACAGACUUAACUCGUCCUUCACUGCACCCACAGGAGGUAUUGUUUUGUCUGGUCUAGCUAACUCGACCUACAGUCCGAUCCUUGCACAAGAGCCUACGACCAAUUUCUCAGCCCUGCCCAUCAUUACUGCGUCGCCCACUGUUGCUACAUUUACCUUCACGAAUCCCACCGGAGGGCUGAGUACAUCAACAUCACAUUACUCAGCUGCUUCCGUUGUUCUAGGUGUCCCUCCAGGAUGGAACCCUAAUGGUGCAUCAAGCAGAUUACGACUGCCGAUGCACGGACUGUUCAUACUUUUGCUUCCUAUAGCCAUUCUAUUGACAAUCUUCGAAUACCGUAUAUGAUAUCGCGUUCCAAGUACAUACUGUUUUCCUUCACAAUCGAAAUGUUCGGGUAUUGGUCACCGUACUAUGUUGGUCUCGUGGGUAUUAGUUCGCCUUUCUGGGCCUUUCCUGGACCCAAGUCAGGCACUAACCAGAACGGCUCCACAUUAUUUAUCAAUCGAAGCGAUAGAAGCUGAUAGGGAAAGAAGCUGGAAGAAGUCAAGAAACUUGAUUGUCGAUGAAUAGAAAGGACGCGAGGCGUCGGCGUUGUACACGGCAGGGGACCCCACGUUUAAAACAGUCGUUUUGGAAGCGGAUCCGAGUGGAAUCGAUACAAGUUUUUCACCUCUUUGUCUUGGGGAAGAACCAAGCAGUGUAUUCGCAAGGUAGUCUAUGGCCACGGAAGGAACAUGCCAAAAGGCAGGACAAAGUCAUAUCAAACACCUUUUCUGCACAUUGGAUGACUGACUGCAUCCUUGCUGUUUCCGGUGCUCCAGAUCUUCUACGGUUCCUGUGCCGCGUACUGAUCCCGUCAAAGCCUUGAGGUAAAAAAAUUCAUAGAUCCUUUAUUCUCGGUUCCCCCUUUGCUCUUUGAACGAGGAUGCCUCCGACCACGACGACAAUAACGCUGACCCUGACUGGAUCUGCUCUAUCCAAUAGCCCUAACCAGAACAUUGGCGAUAAAGUACCACUAGGAGCGAUCGUAGGGGGUGUAGCAGGAGGGAUUCUUCUUGCCCUCGUAUGUCUUGUGGGAUGGAGGGUUCGGCGAAGUCGGAUGACACACCGCCGUGGCGAAGAAGUGAGAAAAAAUGCUUCCUUCACGAGACAAAACACUCUGCGCAACUCGAGUACUGUAACUUCCACGCUGUGUUCAGAUUCUCCUCCGGCA